AUGGCACCUCUACGUUGGGGAAUUGCUAGCGUUGGUUUAAUUUCUCACGACUUUGUCACUGCGCUGGCCACGCUUCCCAAGGAAGAUCACACGGUCGUUGCCGUUGCCGCUAGAAAACUCGAAGAUGCCGAAAAAUUUGCCAAAAAGCACGACAUUGAGAAGUUCUACGAGGGAUACGAAGCACUGGGGCAGGAUUCAAAUGUGGAUGUGGUUUACAUUGGUACGAUCAAUAUAACGCACUAUAAACUGGGAAUGAUGAUGCUGGAUUACGGAAAGCAUGUUCUGUGCGAGAAACCGCUUUGCAUAAACGAAGGUCAAGCCAAACAACUGCUGAAUCACGCUAAAGAAAAGAAGCUGUUCUUCUUAGAAGCCAUCUGGUCGCGAUUUUUUCCGGCAUACAAGCAUUUAAAAAAUCGUAUCGAAUCCGGUGACCUGGGAGACAUCCAGGAAGUUGAGGCGGAAUUCGGUUACCCACUGGCCGGUAUAGAAAGAUGCAAUGUGAAGGCUUUGGGCGGUGGAACCGUACUGGAUCUGGGUGUAUAUCCCAUUCAGAUUAGCCUGUGGGUUUUUCAAAAUUAUCCGGUAAAAAUUACUGCAAAAGGCCAACUAAAUGAUGAUGGCAUCGACAUGGCCAUGGAAGGGGAGCUGCACUUUGCCGAUGGUGGAGUUGCUCGUAUCAAAACGAGUGCAUUUGGAUUGUUAAAAAAUAAAGCGAUAAUACGAGGCACAAAAGGAGUAAUAAUAAUGCACGACUUUUGGAGUUGCGUUGCAUUAACUGACAUCGAUGGAGCGUUUGUAGAAUUCCCAUUGCCAAAAGCUCGAUAUGAUUUUAACUUCCCAAACUCUUGCAAUUUGCGCUACGAAGCGGAAGCUACACGUAAAUGCAUUUUAGCAGGAGAAUUGGAAUCCGAAUUUGUUCCACACAGCGAGAGUUUGGAUAUUGCUCGCAUUUCAGAUGAGAUAAGAAAGCAGAUUGGCGUUCAAUAUCCAGAGGACGAACAAUUUAAACCAUAA